AUGAAGAUUUUAAAUUUUCUUUCAAUUUUAUAUUUUUUCAUUGCGAAUUGUCUAUGCCGUAUGGAUGAUAAGUCCGGAGGCUUAUUAGGCAAAAUGUAUCAAAAGGUCCCUCACUUCAUGGAAUCCACCAGGAAAAGAAAUUACGACAGAAAUAAACACAGUGCUGUAAGGAACAGGAGAUCCAGAUUGAACGAGGAGGACACAGGAACUGAUGAAAUGAACUCUAAAAAAUACGGAAACGACUUUAAAAAUUAUAAAUUUAUGAGCACAAUGAACAAUUUUAGAGACAAACAAGGUGAGGCUUUAACCUUAGAUAAUUUUUCUUCAGACUUUAAUAAUUUUUUCCAGACUAACCAUCGCACAUAUGCUAGCUAUAUCAAGCGCAACGAAAAUGACGCUACUUGUCCCUUUUCAGUAGGCGCACCGGGUCAAGUUGGCCAAUCCUGUAAAUUUAAUGAUCCCAGUGGGACGUAUUCCUCAACCACUCUAGACGGUUCUCAAGGUUCCUGUCCUUUAAAACAAGAUUCUCAGACUUCCGCAUCAGUAGUCACACCUGCCAAUCAAUGGCCAGAUCAUAAAACUUUCGAUCAAUCAAAUGCAGAACAGGAAAAAGCACACGAGGAAUUAAAAUCCGAAGUCGACCAAGUUAAACAAGAGCAAAAGAAUCUGGAAGAGAAAGUAAACGAGGCUAACGCAGCUGAGCAAGCUCUUAAGGCUACUGCUGAGGACCUUAAGGAGGGUCAGGAAGAACUAAAGCAAGAGCAGGAUAAUCUAGAUCAAGCUCAGGAUAAACUAGAAUCUACACAAAAAGAAGUUGAGGCUAAGGAACACAAUUUAGAGCAAACUGCGGAUGCUUUAAAAUCCGAAGCGAAUAAAUUAGAGGAGGAAAAAGAGUCUCUCGAUGAGCAAAAGGAAGAGCUAGAAAACCAACAAAAUGACUUAAAUAAACAAAAAAAUGAACUAGAGUCUGAGAAAAAAAACUUAGAUAAGGAAAAAGAAGAUUUAACCACUGGUCAAAAGAGUCUUGAUACAGAAAAGGAAAGUCUAGAUAAUGAAAAGAAGGAUCUUGAACAGCAACAAAAAAGUCUUGAUGAUCAACAAAGCAAAUUAGAAGAUCAACAAGAUAAAUUAAAUGAUCAACAAGAAAAAUUAGAAGAGGCUCAAAAGGCCUCGGCCAAUGAAGACACCGAGGCCAGUUCCAAGUUAGAAAAAACUAAUGAAAAUAAUGCACAGGCAGAUGGUUUAAAAAACUUACAGCCGGUCGCAUCUCCCUUGGUGAACGGGAGUCCUGAGGGAGUUGUAUCUCCAAAAACGCUUGUCGAUAAUAGUUCAGUACCUUCUUGCGACAAUUCAACCGAAGAAGUCGAUAAAGCUUACGAGGUAUUACUCACUACACAAUUAUCUAUACUAACUAUUACCACAUCUCAAGGUGAAGUACAACAACCCACUGCCGAUACUACCAAUGCAUCUACCUCCGAAGAUAAUACUAAUAAUAAUGCGGCUGAAUCAGAAAAAACAACUGAGGAGUCUGAACCUCAGACAGCCAGUAAAUCGGAAGAAGCAAAAGAAAACACAGAGUCAGACGAUAAAACUUCAAAAGUAGAAUCUUCAGAACCUAAUGAAUCUGAAGAACAUGAAGACCAAAAUGAAGAAAAUGAGAAAGAUGAAUAUGAAGAAGAUGAAUCGGAACAAAAUGAGGACGAGGAAUCUGAAUCCAAGUCCACCACUAAAUCCAGCCAAAAGGAUAAUAAAAAUGAGAAUGAACCAGCUACAGCUGAGGAACUAGAAGAGGUUAAUGAUGAAGUAUAA